GUUUUUUUUUGUUUUGUUUUUUCUUUUUUUUUCGAAAAUUAUCGGGGAGAAAUUUGUCAAAUCUAUGUUAAGUAUCGAGAAGAAAACGAUUUGGAGCGAUUAAAGUAUAUUGCAAACGGGGUAAUUAUGGAUGAUAAGGGAAACGCACAGGAUUCGCGGAUUGAUCCAUUUGUUGUGUUGAGUAAUGAAAAUUGUGCUAGCGAUUUCUCAAGAAAGGAUCUUAUUAUGAAUACCGAACAAGAUUGCCUAUCAGCUACUAUACCACAUGUGCGAUUUCAACAAGACAGGUCGUUUGUAAAUGCAUUUACUCAAAUUUCUUCCUCGUCAAUUUUCCACAAAGAUUCACAGGAGCGCAUUAAUAAGUCGGAUUGGGUAUCUGAUUACUCGAAAGAUAUAUUUGAAACGUUACUUCAAACCGAAAUGAAACGGCGCAUAAUAUAUUUUCGUUCGCAGCAGUGCCAUUUCCGACCGAUGCUAUUGAAACUGAUAAAAGACGCGUGCGAUUGUUAUAAUUUAUGCCGCAUUACGUUGCAUUUAGCUGUUUAUUUGCUUGACUGCUUUAUGGAUAUGCAUACCGUACAGGUCGACCGUUUAAAUUUAACCGUCCUUGCCUGCUUAAUGAUAGCUGCCAAAAUAGAGGAAGCCGAAAUGGAUAUGCCGAGAUUUGCGCACCUUAAUAAUUUGGUGGGUGACAUAUAUACUUUAGAUGAAUUUAAAACAAUUGAAUGUAAAGUAUUGGCAACAAUUAAUUUUGAUUUAAUACGACCAACUGCCGCAACAUUCUCCGAGUAUUUUUCGAAUAGCUUUAUAACUGUAAGCGAUUAUCAAAGGCAAUUGCAAUCUGAAUUAUUGUCAUAUACCACCAUAGCGGAUCCGACAGUUGAACACAGAGACCGCUACAGCGGCUACGCUGACAUGCAAGCGACUUUGAAUAAAAAAUAUUUCGAAUUAAUUGAUAUUUCACUGAAUUAUUUAAGAUUUGCUAAUGUUAAACCUUCAGUAUUAGCAUCAGCAGGUAUAGCGGCCGUACGAAAAAUGCAUGGCGUUUUUCCCGUUUGGACAAUGCAUUUAGAGGAUCUGACCACCUAUAAGUAUGAUACUAUAUCAUCAUUAGUUGAUGCUGUAUUAGCUGUUCUCCAUUUACAAUUUGAAAACGAAUGUUUACAAAUUCCUUACUCACUUACCACUGCGUUUAUGAGCUUUGGGCAGAGCCCACAUUCUGCUAUUGCGUUAGCUAGCGAUUUAAAGUCUGACACGGAUAAUGAACAUGAUUAUGUAAACGGUAACGAUAGUGAUGAAGAAGAAGGUGAAGAGAGUGAGAGCAAUAAAGAAGAGCGCAGCGAAGAUGCCAAGGAAGAAGAUGAAAAUGGGGCCGAGAAAAUUUCUGACCAUUGCUUAGAAUAUCUGCUAACGCCGAAACGUCGACGGUUACAUUGAAUUAAACGAGAUGUACCCCAUUAUUUUUUUAGGUUAUUUUAGUUACUACGAAAACCGCUAUUGCCUUUUUUUAUAUAUGGUUUAACCCUAGAACUUAUUAUUACCUCGUUGUAGAUCUCACUUCCUUUACGAAAAAGAAGGCAUUAGUGACAGAUUUGAUUUUAUGUUUACUAUGUUAAUUUUUGGGCGCUCAAAUACAAAU